AUGCAGCAAUCACAAUCUGACACCACAACAACUACUGCUGCAACAACAGCUUUGACAUCCACAACCUCCCCUACAACAUCCUCAACUUUAGCGUCUGUGUCAACAACAUCAGAUGCAGCAACCACAAGUAUGCCUGACACCACAUCAACUACUGAUGCAACA